AUGCGGGGCUGGAGAGACGAGCCCGGUGCGGCACGGGGGCUGCAACCUGGGCACCUCACCGGGGGUGCUCCUCGCUCGCCCGGGAGCUCCGGACAGAGGGGAGGUUGCAGACCGUACUGCCGCGGGGACAGAAGAGAGGCCUGCCCCGGGAACGAGACACGGAGGCGGCCGGGCCCCGAGCGGGGUGCCGGGGCCCGGCUGCGGUGCCCGACGGCAGGCAACCCUCGGGGGCUCCGGAGGGUGCGAGCCCUCCGCUGCGCGGCCAAGCGGUGCCCGGGUCCCCGGGGGCUGCUGCCGCUGGGGAGCUGGUGCCGCUGGGGAUCGGCUCCCUGCUCCCACCCGGCGACAUCUGCGGCGCCGAGCCAGCACGCUGCCUCCCCGGUGGCUGGCGGGUGGCUCCCGGCCCGGCGGCUCGCACCGCCACCAGCGAGCGGGGAUAAAGGGAUUAAACGGCACGCUCGUUCCUCCGGGCGGGGAGGGGGGGGGCUUGGCCGGCUCCAGCAUCCCGUUCCCCCCGAACGCCUCCCCCGCCGCCUGCGCCCCCGGCCCCCGGCGCUGCCCCCGGCCGGCCCCGGCAGCGGGGAGGCACCGGGCGCGCCCGCGGUGGCUCAUUGUUCCCGUAACCAAGCGGGGCCGCCGCCGGCGCCCGCGGUGCUCGGGGCGACGGGGUUCGCCGCUGCUGCUACCGGGAAGGGGAUGCCCGGGGACACCCUUUUCAGCCAUUUUAAAACAGCAAAGCUGGCGUGUCGCGCGGGUGCCCCGUUCCCCCCGCCUCUCUUGGGAGCCCGUUCUACGCCCGGACGAUCCCGAAGGAGAUGCGGGGGUUCCCCCCGCCCUGAAGUCAGCACCACCCGCAUACGCCCCGCACCUGCGGGCCCCGGGCGAAACUCCACCCUGCGGGGACACCGCGCUCUUCCUGAGCCCUGUCCUGGGAUGUGGCCAGUCCUGGCCCCUGCUCCCGCCCCCGUGCAGCCAACUCCCGUUCCAGCCCCAAACCGGGAUGCAGCCGGACGCUUCUCCAGCUCUGGCUUGGGCUGCUGCCAGCCCCAGGACGGGCUGCAACCUCCCCACGGGAGUCGCGGCUUCUCCCUGCACGGCCGGGCCGGGGCGGGCUGGCCGGGCGCCAGGGAGGCGAAGGACCAGCUGCGAAUUGCCCCGCAGCUGUAGCCAGAGCUAGAACAGAGUGCCUUGGAACCAGAAAUCAAUGCUCCUGAAAUGAACAAGUGGACAACUUAUUAGGCUCAGUCACUCCACACGCCGUCCCCUGAUAACGAAUAGAUGAAGUAGACGCCGGAGAAGGGACAUGCCGGGGGAGACUGCACAUGCCUGCUCCUUCCCGGAGUGGCUGGGUAACGCCGCGGGGCACAGCCAGCCGCACGGACAUCCCCGGGCAGGACAGGGCCGUGACACGGCCCUCGCGGGCUGCCUAGGGUUCGAUGGCGAUAAGUGCAGCGAACGCCCGGGAGAACGGCUUCGGGGGUCACUGAUAAAGGUGUCCGGUUUCCCUGCUGCUCCAGCGAGCACAACCGACAGGUUCAGCGAGAUCACGUAGUCGUGGCUUCUCUGCCUGGAAACAGUCACGCUAAUUUUGCAUUUUUACCAUCCACAGGGAGGAAAAAUACCUGUCGUCCCGCAAUGCAAAUCCUUACGCAAAUAGAUCUGCGGGCGCACAGGGAGCUGCUGGCAGCCUGACCUGCCGGCCGAGAGUCGCUGGCCCCGAGUUUAGAGGUGCCGGCCAGCAGCGGCACGCCCCGAAAGCACAUGGGAUCUUGAAGACUCCCUGUUAGUCCCUCGGAACUUGCUGCUGCCUCAGAAAAGUCCGAGAAAGAGUCUGCGGUUAAUCUCCGAGGCCUUCAUACAUCCCUGGCGAGCAGCGCCCCAGCGCUAAGUGCAAUUAACAUAACAGACACUAAAAUAGGAGAGCGGCGCUGAAUUUAAUUUGCAGGCUUAAGGGAAAAAAAAUAAAAGAAAAAAAAGGGGAAAAAAAACUUAGCACUUAGAGCGGUCUGGUGAUGAACGCAAGAACUGAUGUGGAAGGCGGCAGAGUAGCCCUCCUGCCUCGGAGCGGGGCCGCGGCCAGUUCCGUGGGCUCUCUCCGGGAGCCGGGACCACCUUGGUGCGCGCAGGGUUUCUGGACAGGUAAACUCCCCCGACGGAGCUGCCUGCCGCUGCAUCGCUCCAGCGCGGCUCGCCCCCACGGCCAGCGCUCCCGUGGCGACCAGGUCAACCGCAGCGCGACCAGGUCGCCGGCGCGGGCAGGCACCUCCCAGAGCCUCCCUGCUGCCCGCCCCGACACCCACGCACCGAGAUCCGGCUCACUUUCCUGCCCCCGCUGCCCCUGGGGAGAGGGACGACAUGGAUGGGGGGCAGAAGCGACGGGAUAACCCUCUCCCCGCUUGUCCUUCCCCCCCUCCCCCCCGCCUCCUGCAAACUGCCGCUGAAGUUCACAAAAGAGCGAGACAUAAAGAGAUCGAGGUUUCCGAGAAAAGGGAGAGGCGAAAAUAGCGAGCGGAAAACGUGCGAUUAGCAGGCAGACGGGCGGAGACUAGCAGCCCUACGCGCACACACAGCCCGCAGCUCUGUCUCCGCGCCGUGUAAUCCCAGCGCUCAGCCCUUCUGCACCCCCUCAUUAAAAACCCGGAGAUUUCCUCCUCCUCCUCCGCUCUCCGAGGAAAACAACGCCUGCCACCGCCUGAACCCUGGCAGCGCCGCCCGCCCCGCACCGUCCGCCCGGAGGCCGCCCAGGGGCCCCGCGCUCCCCGGCGCCCUGCACGGUCCCCGGCACUCGGCCCCUGCUUCCUCUCGGGAGGCUGAUUCUCGCCCCCCCAUCGCAAAGGGCCGCCCCCGAUGGGACGCACAGCGGGGGCUGGGGGGGGGGGGGGGUUGUGGGGAAAGCUGGCUACCGUCCCCUCUACCCCCCGUUUCCCGUCCCCAGGGGCUGCUGCUCCCCCGCUGCCAGGGCGGCUGCUCGUUUCCCCCCCACGCCCUCUCUUUAUCCAUCCCGAGGGCGAGGGUGGGGUGCGCCGAGCCGGAGCUCCCCGCACUGGGGCCGGCGGCGGGGAGCAGCGCCGAGAUCGCCCGGGAGCCGGCGAUCCCGCGGUGGAGCCGGGCACCGCCGCCCACGGCCCCAUGAACAGCGCUUUAUUCCGCAGCGCUCAAACCCCUCAUUGUGUUCGGCAGAAUCACCUGCCUCCUCCGGAGCCGAGCGAUUAAUUUAAUGCGAUACAGAGUGCGCUCCCUCCCGGCCCCUCCUCAGCGGGGAGAUCUCCGCUGGGCGCUCCGCGCCGCGGAGGAGGGGCACGGCGCAGCACGGCGGGGCACGGCACGGCAGAGCGGGCUGGCAUCCUCCGAGCACCGGCUCUCCCGGCGGCGCCCGGGGAAACAUUCCCCGCCCGGUAGCGGUGGAGCGUCAGCUCCAAUCGGAGUCGCACACAAGCAUCCGCCGCGCAGACCUGCUCGGUGCCCGGGGGGGCUGCGAGGCGGGCGGGGGCCGAGCCGUGCCUGGCCAGGGGAUUUGAUGGGUCGUUGGCUGCGCCUGGGGAAAGGCGGGCGGGCGGGGGGGGCGG